AUCCUGCAGUCAGUUUAGAAGAGAAAGAGUGUUGCAAAACCGUCACCUAUUUCAAAAUGGGAAGUGAAGAGUCAAAAAUUGUGAGUAUAUGUAAAUUUGAAUCUAAAGACUUAACUUUAGUAAUGAUGCAUGGGAAUUGCCAUGGAAGCAGGCAAUGCGCCAAUUCCAAUUACUUUCGAAUUCCUCGCGGCGCUUCGAAUAAACAUUCAAUUGAUGUUGAAGUUCGCCUUGUUUCCUUUAACAAAACAUCAGCUGAGGAGUACGGUUACAAAGAUGAUGAAUCCAAAAACUUCAACAUCAAUCGCAAGACAUUAUCGUUAUUCCAUGGCCACAAUGAAUUUUCUAUUGUCGCUACCUCAAAACAUAUUAAAGGCGACUUCCGUGAACUUUCUAAGAAAAAACACCUCUGUCAAUGUGCUAUACUAUCAAAAAUUGGAUCAAAAAAUCGAUGGGUUUCCUUUCUUCCGAGAUGGUAAUUGCCGCCGCUCAUGAAAACAGCCCCUUGAAGCGAACAGAUACAACUUGUCACCGGAACAGGGAUUUUAAUUCAAGUUUGAUAACACAUCAACAAAGUAAGCCUCUCUCUCAUUCACAAAAGUUUUCAGUAAUACACAAGUCUAGAACAAGUCAAUUUUAAUUUGAUACUGACGUAUCCUUCCCAAUAUCUUCCCAGAACAAAUAGAUGCGGUAGUAUUAUCUUAGCAAGGAGAUUGCCCAGGAACACUAGCCUGUUUUCGUUGAAAAUUUUCACAUAUUUAGAGAUCCUGCAUAUUUACUUAUUUUGUUUUACUUCAAUAAGGAAUACUCAGGAACAGACAGCGUGGAUCCGAAAGUGCGCGAACAAGGUCGGCUCAGAGCCCAAGAGGAGCACGAGAGGAAAAUGAAAAUGUUGCAAGAUGAGUUAGAGAGACUGCGUUUGCAAGCGUUGCGUGACGCCGAAGAAAUUACUAGAAUUGAAGACGAAGAACAAAGAGAGAAUUUGGAUGUCCAACGACGCGAAGCAGAGAGGUUAGCGAGAGAACUAAAGGAAGAGGAAAAAAUGCUCAAAUUAAAAGAAACACUGAUGAAUUACGACUUUCAAUGUCGCCCACUUAUCAGGAAAGAAGCCUUCCUUGAUUUGCAGGUAGACGACAUUGAAUUAAUCCGCAUUGCCUUAAUCGGGCCAGCAGGUUCCGGAAAGACCAGUUUCAUAGGUAAGAAUAAAGUUUAUUCAGGCAGUAUGAGAAGUGCUUUGUUUCAUCUUUCAUAUUGCGAUACGUCCAGCCAGGUUCUUGACCAGGAUUUUCAGGCCUUACAGUUAACUGUUAUUGUUAAUUAAAAGUAAACUGGAUGUCUUACCCUUCACUUCAUAGUAAAACUUACAGCGUUGGAAAUUUUAACUCACGAUGACUUCGUGAUGCGUUACAACUUUACUUUUUUUGUGUCAAUUUUCAAUGCUUUUGUUUUAUUUUGAUUUUGGUUUGUUUAUUUGCUUUCAAAUAGAGCUCACAGAGUUGGAUGCGAAAAAUAGUAAUUAUUAUCUGUACGUAUUCAUCCCCAAUUCCAUCUUCUAUCAAAAUUUUUACCAGGAACACUACAGCGAGCCAUCGGAGAAACUCAAAGCGCUUUCGAACAUGGACUUGGAGGAGAAGGUACUAUUCUGCUCCAUGAAUAUUACGUGCAAAAAUAUAUUCGGAUGCUAGACACGAGGGGAUUUUUCGCUCGGGACGAAAAGCUUAUGGAUGAAUGCCUGGACAUCCUGACAGGAAGGUAAAUAAACAUAAUUUUAUAAUCCUGCAGCGGGGAAACGUGUGAAAAGCUUGGCUCCGAUGAAAAUCGAAGACAAAGCAUAACAUUUAUAUAAGAUAUGUCAAAUACUUUAGUCUGCACGCGGUUGGUCUAAGCGCGUUCCACGACCGAAUUUGCCCCAGCUACAAGGGGAAAAUACCAGCCGAUAAUAUAAGUCUUCUUUUGAAAUUUCAUUCAAGACGGAAAGCGUUAUGCUGUUGUUAAAGAAGCAAGGUCACGCUUGUACUUCCGUGAACAUCAUAUGCUCCUAACUGAGCUUCGCUCUCCGAAAACUGCUUACAUCUCGGAUCGAACACUGAACCUCCGCAGAUAAAUAUCCGAGAUGUAGGCUAUUGUUAAAACAUGAGACAUCAACACUGCAAACCAUUAAAAUCCUACCCAUUACAAUUUCCCCAAAUGUGAUUGGUGCACUGACUGCUUAAUUUUUCACUAACCAUUUUGUAGAGUUGUAAUCGGACAGUAUAAUCGGAUACUUGACUAUAAGCGGACACCUGCAAUCGGACAGUUGAAAAAGCCAAUCAAACUUAGUCCACUCAGCUAAAUCCACCAAUCACAGAAUUGAUCACAAUAACCAUAGCAACAAGUACUUAUCCUGGGGAAAAACUGGGGAAUUUCCAAAAUGGAAAAAUAUUUACCUUGAGAUAUUGUUUCUAUUGGAGAUAUUUGCUCUAGAUGUAUUUCUUUUUUCGAAAAUUGUACUGGUUAUGAUUAAUCGGUAACAGGACUUCGUGUCGUGCAAUUCUGUCCGUAAUCAUACUCGUGAUUAACGAAUCGGACUCCCGCUUCACGGUCGUCCGAUUUUGUUGAUCACUCGUUUGAUUACAGACCGAAUUGGACUCCAUUCAGUCCUAUUACCAUUAUUUAUCAUGCAAUGCUUUGGAAUGAAUGAUCAUGACGAUGAAAAAGAAUAAACAGUCAAUAUAUUUGGUGCGUGGUUUGGCCAAACAUUUCUCAACUAAAUCUAAAUUCGGGCUUAAACGAAACAGCUGUGGAAACAGUACUCAAGCAACUAAAUCUUGACCCCCUUUCCUCUGAAAUAUCAACCCCUCUUUCUGUCUGUGAGAAACUCAAUGCAAAUGCGGUUAUAUGCACAUACUGGAAAUUUUUUCAGUUUGAAUGCUGCAUGAUCAACUACAUUUUUUUCUAUCUCCGAUUCUCAUUCAUGGAAUUGCCAAACAACCUGCGCUAUUGCAGCCUCGAAGGGAAGUUUCGUAAGGGCCCUUAGGUUGCAAAAGUUAUAUGUGCAAGUUUCCUAAAAUUAAAUCCUGUGUUGAUUCAUUUGUGAACAGAAUUCGCCCUGGAGAGGAAAUUGAGAGAGAACACGAAAAAUCUGAAAAUCGCUCUAGCGAUGGAGGGCAGGACCCGAUGAAGACAACAAAGAAGACUUCUCCGCUCUCUAAAUGCGUACACGCUGUAAUUUUUGUCGUAAAAGGAAACGACCGUCGACUGGAAAAAGGCAUUUACACUGAGCCGCUUAGGAAAAUCCGGGCUCACUUUCAAAGAAAUGGUAGGAGCUCAUACAAUCAUAUAAUCAGAUUAUGAAAGCAAAAUUUUAAUAAUAAUUCAUUACGUAACUUUAUGGCAAUUAUCAUGUUUAGUAGAAGUGUCUUGUCGGAGAGGACUGGGGAAAAAUCACCGGUAGAAACUGUGCAACUGCAAUAUAUGUGAGGUGCCCCCUCGCGUUGUGCAUGGUUUUGUCCAAAAAAUAAUAAUAAUUAAAAACAAAACAAAGCAAUCUGUCAGCCUUCUCCGCUGACUCAGUCAUUAUCUACCAGUAGUUUUGUGCAAAUUUAUUGUGAAGUGCAUGUAUUUACAAAUUCAGACAAACAACGCACUUAGUGCUUGCCACCAAGAAAUGUUUAGACAAAAAUUGUGUAUUGGUAAAAUUGUUUUUGCAAGUAUGUCAUUUUGGUGUUAUUAAUUUGGGCACCUUUUUGAAAAGGUAAUAGCGAAAGUGAAAUGUUUCAAUGAUUUGCUCGCAUUUUCGCUCACCUAUUUAGUCUAUCAUGCUACGACCAAAGAUUGAGGGUACUUCUGAGACAAACAGGGUAGGAACCUUGAUUAAUUUGCUAUUUUGCAAGUGACAUAGAUGCAUCACACCUCAUUUAAUUCAUACCAGGUCACGCUCCUGUAACCGUAAUCACGUGUCUGGACAAGCUGAAAACUGAAGAGGACCAAAGACAUGCGUGUUACUUGGCAGCUGGGGUAACUGGCGGUCCAGGAGGAAGCACUCACCUCAUUUCUAACUAUACAAAAGAAAAUAACUGCAGGAGUCUUGCAGUAGAAAGAAGCGCUCUUGACAUUUUGGAGUCUGCCUUAAUUUCUGCUGAAAGCUUCAUACGAGUACACAAGCAGAAAGAGAAAAAUCAGAUAGAAAGGGAAAUAAUGGCCUCAGGUACUAAACUAAUGCCUACAGUAGGUAGGGAGGUCUGUAUCGGGAAAAACUGUGCCCUCUGUCUUAAGCACCGCCCAAGGCCUCAAGACCUCGGCCACAGUUUAUCCCAAUGAAGACCGACCUAGGCUGGUGAACCAAUCAGAUUGCAGGAUUUCGGAGUUCGUUACUGAACCCCCUGAUAAAAAGUAAACAGUUAUAUCCAGCACUCAUGAAGAAAAUGGCUUUCAUGUUUCCUUUCACAAUGCGAAAAUAUAUCUUCAUUAGACUAUUCCCGCGUCAAUUAAAUUUGUAACUGGGCGAGCAAUGUUUGAAAAUAGCGCCUCAAUCACACCAAGGUGAAACAAACCUAUCUGUUUCCCGUUGAAAGAGACAUGUAAUGGGUUGUUAUACGUUCUUAGGAUGGGAUCAACCAUUAAACAAACAAGCAAUCACAUUGAAGAGGUAAAGUGAAAACCGACAACAAUGACUAAAACAACAACCAUUGCUUUCACUUACUCUCUCUCCUAUCAUUGUUGGGUUUUGCAUAGAGGUUUAAUAAGCACACACUAAUUUCAAUGGGAAGAUAUGUAUUUGAAAUGCAUAAAAUUUCAUUGCCCAGUGUGCCAAAUGAAAAUACGCCAAUGGUUGUCUACUGUUAUUUCCAGCCUACCCUAUCCAACUGAAUAUUUUUAGGAAGAAAAUAAUAAGAUAGCUAGUUGCAAUCAUUCCACAGAACCAAAAAGUGGAGUGGACAGUGUUGAGAGGUUCUUUGCCCGUCUCAUGCAACAACACCACUGGACCGAACAGGGAAAAGUAAAUUCUGUACUUGACCACCUGAGAAGACAGGAAAUCAACACUGUCAUGGUCCUUAAGGAAAUGUGGGAAGAAGUCAAGUCGGACCUGCCAUUGUCAAUGGGCAUGAAGAAAAUUUUAGAACAGGAGAUGGUACGUAUUUAAAGUACAACUUUAACAAAAGAGCCAAACGUACUUAUUUCAUCUUUUGUUAAGCGAUAAAAUUGAGGCACAUAGGUAGGUAGAUAAUCUUUAUUUACCCACGGACAAUUCAUCAGCCAUAAAAACAUUCAAACAUAUAAACAUGCAUUAAAUGGAUAAGAUACAAUAAAAACUAUACUUAAAGCACAAACCUAACUAAAGCUGCUUUCCAAGAAAGCCGUGCCUGAACGUACUUCUUUAAUUAAACGCUUAAAUAACCCAAGGGACUCUGCUUGUCUUAUGUCACGAGGAAGUCUAAUCCAAAGAGUGGUGCCACUAUAGCUAAAGAUAUUUUUGUAAUAGUUUGUGCGCGGCAAAGGAACAUUAAGCUUAUUACAUCUUAUUUAGAAGCAGUAUAAGAGCUUCAUUACUUUGGUGUUGGGAAUAUGAAUGGAAAUAACAUAUUGGCAAAAACCACUCAGUUGACAAAAAUAUUGUAAGCAGUUGAUAAUUUCCUAUUUCAAUGGCGCUUUUUCUUUGUAAGUAGAGUAAUUGUUACCUUUUUUCUGAGAGAAACUAUUCCAUUUAAAUCCACAAAAGUUUGUACUAAGCUGUUUGUGAUUGAGGCAUAUUAGCCAAUCGCGAGUUCGACAUGAAAGCGGAUGUACAAUUCUACGGUGAUUAAAACUCGGCGUGAGGUAUUUCA